UGUCUGGCAGCCGGGAUGACAGCUCGCCCGGUUCCGCGCCCGGCCCCGCCCCGCGGCCCUGGGAUUGGCUCGCGCGGAGCUCCCCCCAAACCCCCCGCGCCCGAGGCGGGGCCGAGCCUCUCCCGCCUGCCGGGCCCCAACCCGGAAAUGCAGCUCGGAGGCGCCGGCGGGGCUGGCCAGGGCAGCGGCAGAGCGACGGCGAGUCUGGCCAAUGGGCGCCGGCGGUGGCGGCGGCGUGACGGAAGUCCCGCCUGGCGUCGCGCGGGGGCGGGGCGGCUCUGGGGGCGGCAGGCCGCGGGGCGGGCGCAGGAUGCGGGCGGCCAUUGCUGGGGCUCCGCUGCGGGGAGGAGGACGCUGAGGAGGCGCCGAGCCACGCAGCGCUGCGGGGGUCGCCGUGCAGGCGCGGGGCCCAUGGCCAGGACCACCAGCCAGCUGUAUGACACCGUUCCUAUUCAGUCCAGCGUGGUAUUAUGUUCCUGCCCGUCCCCAUCAAUGGUGAGGACCCAGACUGAGUCCAGCACGGCCCCUGGCGUUCCCAGCUGUGGUAGCAGGCAGGGCCCCACCAUGGACAGCACCACGGCCGAAUCCCGGCCAAGCGCCAACUCGCUGCAACACGCCACACAGCCGCCACCACAGCCUCGGAAGAAACGGCCAGAAGACUUUAAAUUUGGGAAAAUUCUUGGUGAAGGCUCUUUUUCAACAGUUGUCCUGGCCCGAGAACUGGCAACCUCAAGGGAAUAUGCUAUUAAAAUUCUAGAGAAACGUCACAUUAUCAAAGAGAACAAAGUCCCGUAUGUAACCAGAGAGAGAGACGUGAUGUCGCGGCUGGAUCACCCCUUCUUUGUUAAACUUUACUUCACAUUUCAGGAUGAUGAAAAGCUCUAUUUUGGCCUUAGUUAUGCCAAAAAUGGAGAACUACUUAAAUACAUUCGGAAAAUUGGUUCGUUCGAUGAGACAUGCACCCGAUUUUACACAGCUGAGAUGGUGUCUGCCCUAGAGUACUUGCAUGGCAAGGGCAUCAUUCACAGGGACCUGAAACCAGAAAAUAUUUUGUUAAAUGAAGAUAUGCACAUCCAGAUCACAGAUUUUGGAACAGCAAAAGUAUUAUCCCCAGAGAGUAAACAAGCCAGGGCCAACUCGUUUGUAGGAACAGCCCAGUAUGUUUCUCCAGAGCUGCUCACAGAGAAAUCGGCCUGUAAAAGUUCAGACCUUUGGGCUCUUGGAUGCAUAAUAUACCAGCUUGUGGCAGGACUGCCACCGUUCCGAGCUGGAAAUGAAUAUCUUAUAUUUCAGAAGAUCAUUAAGUUGGAAUAUGACUUUCCUGAAAAAUUCUUUCCUAAGGCAAGAGAUCUUGUGGAAAAACUUCUGGUUUUAGAUGCCACAAAGCGAUUAGGCUGUGAAGAAAUGGAAGGGUACGGCCCUCUGAAAGCUCAUCCGUUCUUUGAGUCCAUCACGUGGGAGAACCUGCAUCACCAGACGCCUCCGAAGCUCACAGCUUACUUACCGGCCAUGUCAGAAGAUGAUGAGGACUGCUACGGCAAUUACGACAAUCUCCUGAGCCAGUUCGGCUGCAUGCAGGUGUCGUCGUCCUCCUCCUCCUCCCACUCCCUGUCCGCCGCGGACGCGGGGCUGCCCCAGAGGGUGGGAAGCAACAUCGAGCAGUAUAUCCACGACCUGGACACUAAUUCUUUUGAACUGGACUUACAGUUUUCUGAAGAUGAGAAGAGGUUGUUAUUGGAGAAGCAGGCCAGCGGAAACCCUUGGCACCAGUUUGUAGAAAAUAAUUUAAUACUAAAAAUGGGUCCAGUAGACAAGCGCAAGGGUUUAUUUGCACGGCGACGACAGUUACUGCUCACAGAAGGGCCACACUUGUAUUAUGUGGAUCCUGUCAACAAAGUCUUGAAAGGUGAAAUUCCAUGGUCACAAGAACUCCGGCCAGAGGCUAAGAAUUUUAAAACCUUCUUUGUCCACACGCCGAAUAGGACGUAUUACCUGAUGGACCCGAGCGGGAAUGCUCACAAAUGGUGCAAAAAGAUCCAGGAGGUGUGGAGGCACAGAUACCAGAGCCACCCGGACGCCGCCGUGCAGUGACGCCCGCGGCCCUGCACCCGCUGCAGGACGUGUGCCCAGCACGGCUCACCACCACCUGGACACUUCCAGACCACCUGCCAGCCAUCUCAAGGGGGACGCAGACGGCGGAACCUUGCAGCUUUUUUAUUUAAAAGAAAAGAAAAAUACCCAACCACACAAAGAACAAAACCAAUAACGAAAAGGAAUUCAGGGUCGCUUUGCUUGCUCUCUGUGCCAUGUGGAGCUUCUCGCACUCUGCUCGCCAUGGGAACCAGCAUCGUGCACAUCCGCCUGGUUCCUGCCCGGACUUGUAGACAGACUCGCGGCACCGGCUCUCUACCAUGUGCCCUGUCACCUGCCAGUCCUGCUGUGGCCAAGGGGACCACCCAGGCAUGUCUCUGGGCUCUCUCUGCCCCCGGAUCAUCAUGGAACUAACUUUUCACCAGGGAGCCGGGCAUAGCUCUCUUGGGGUGGCCCCUGAGCUCUGUGGGGCAGGCGGGUUCUUGGCUUUUGUCUGUGUGCUCCUUUCUUCGCGUCCCUAGUGUAUGGCCUGGUCUCCACGGCCCGUGCUUGCCUCCUCAAGUAGCCCUGGCUGUGAGAUUUCUGCGGUCCUUGCUGUCUGUGAGUUGUGUUGGCCGGGCAGGCUUCGGGCACUGAGAAGUAGAACAGGUCUUCCCGGUGAAACAUGGAGUCGCUGCUGUGUUAGAAGGUGCCAGCCAAGCAUUCUGAUGUGUCAUCCCUCGGAGCAGCGUUGCCCUCUGAGGCGGGGAACUGAGUACCUGCCCGGGAGGAACACCAGGUGCACCAGGAGAUGGGGCUCAGUGGCCUCCCCUCCCCGUGUGAGGCCAGGGCAGUGCAACAGAUGGGCCUGGAGGCCUCCCUGUGGAGGAGUGAGAGCUGGUGGCCCCUCUUGAGAGUUUUGUUUGAAAGGUGGAGGGUUAAGUCAGGGCUGAGAGGUGCCUGGAGUUGGCACACUGGAUGGUCCUCCAUCACACCCAGGCCUCAUGGAGGAGGGCAGGCUCCCAGCUGCCACAUGCACACUUUUCCUGCUAAAGUUGAACAUUCUCAUAGUCUAACUCAGAGUGUUUUUACAUAUGCACAAUGAAAAUCAAAAAGCCUUCUCAUGUUGCCCGGUCAUCUGGUCCCCAUCAAGUGGACUUUGCCUGGAAAAAAGUGUCACUCACCUUGCAUGAGGGGCAGGAACACCACACUUGAACCCAAGCCCCAGCCCGCUCUCCUCCAGUUUCAGGCUUAUUUCCUUUAGCUCUUUAGAGGCUGUGCACUGCUGUGCACUUAGGAUGGUCCAGGGCUUACCGGUCCGUUGAUUGUCUUUGCUGCUGCCCCCUGAACAGAGAACGCCUGUCAGCCAGGCAGGGCUCAGCCAUUCCUCUCCCUGCCCAGGGUGUCCCUGGGGGGCAGUCCUCAGUCCCAGGUGGGAGAGGAGCAGACACUGGGGCCCGCAGGCUGCCGCUCACAGACAUGAAUGUCUCUGUCCCCAGGGGAGGGAUGACUUUGCCAUUUCCUUUAGACUUUCACAAAGGUACCAACAGAACCUCCCACAGAAAAGGUCCCCUGACUACUUCCCUACCCCCAUCUCCUAUCUCGAACGAACCAUCCAUCACCCUGUGUGACCACUGGUCCACAUGUAGAGGAAAGAUGUCUUAAACUGUUUUUUUAGUGAUAUAAUAGUAGUGGCUCUUAAACUAGGAGAAAGGUUCGGAUGUGGAGAAUCCCACGGUGCUUGGACAGGGAGAGGGGUUGGAUGGGAGCAGAGGUGGGAGCCAGGUUUGCCAGGGGUUUCUGCUUGGGGUGUGUGUGUGUGUGUCGAGGAUACCAAGGUGUAGGGGAUGCCUGCCCUGGGGGCGUCUGAGGGUGCCCUGGGCGUGUGGUCGUAGACUGAGCCCCCUUUCCUCCUCGUUUUGGAAAAGUCUUGCCUGUGUUCACAUGCUUUCCAGAAAGUGAGUCUUUCUUGACCCUUUUCUUUCAGGACUUUGAUUUCAGGCGCACUCCGUGUUUAUAUUUACCCUCGUCAGAGCGUCCUCAUCUGUGUGUGUGCAGUUAGGAGGGUGAGGAGCCCGCUUCUGCACAGCGUCUUUCCUGGGUGUCUGGUUGCAGGGAAAUAAGCAGAGCUGAUAUUUGGCUUUUAAAAGAGCACUCGGCUGGGCUGCUCGGGGAGAGACAAAUCUUCUGUUGCAUUCUUCCCUCUGGAUAGCGCCACUACCUCCUGGGCUUAACCGACAAGCUCCAUCUUAACCUCCGAAACCAGAGAAUAAGGGGUUCAGGGUUGAGCUCGAAGCUGGCAGAGCUGAAGUGACUGCCCAACCUGAGCCAGUGACAGCUGAACCCUUUGUAGGUCACCGUUCUCUGCUUAGAGUCCUCUUUCCUUUUUGUUUUUUUAAGGCCCCUAUAUAUUCCAGUCUUACCCUGUGCUUACUCAUGUCAUCUUUAGUUUUAUCCACCUCAUCCUUUGAGCCAUCGUUCUGGCAUGCAGGUGCCUUAUGUUCUAAGAUGUGGACGUGGGUGUCAGUCUCUGUACACAUGCAGACAUACCUAGAAAUAUAUAUAAAUGUGGUCUUAACCAAGGUGAGAAAGAAAAUGCCCUGGUGUUUAAUAGAUCCAGGAGUGUCUUACUGAGAGGGGACAAGACAGGGAUAAGCACCAAAGCCAGCACCUGUCAAGCAGCGAUGGUCUCACACCAUGCAGCCUCUCUUGGCACAGAGUGGAGGGAGAACGGCCAGGAGGGCCAAGUCUCUGCUGGCCCAGACAGCCCGCUGUGCCUUGCCUCUCUCUGGGAACGUGAGGAAGCUGGGUUUGGAUGGGGUUUCCUUCCCUCUGUGAACCUGACCAGGCCAGUGGGUAAUGGGCAGCCCCAUGUGGAGCACGAAGCCCCACCCUGUGAGUGGCACCCUGCAUGCCUGCCAUCCUGAACCUUGACUCUCGGGAGGCUGGUUACAGACUUGCUUUGGGAAAGAUGGCUCUUGGGGUCAUGCCAGAGCUGAUGGGAGCUGCACCUACCCCAGCCCCCUUGGGGGCUACUCUGUGGUAUUUGUGGUGCAGACCUGAAGGAAUUGUAGGAGACAGUCUGUGGCACAGACCCCCGAGGACAGGGUGCCAGCAUGGGGUUCCAGGUGAUUUUGUACUUUGUUAAGAAACAUUUGUUUUCUGAAAAAAAUCAACUGGAGGCUCAGCGCCCAGGGAGGACCACUGUGAGCAUCUUGGUGCCUAGCCUGCUGCCCCCUACUCCCCACCCGCACACAUGUGUUUGCUUUUGUAACUGAAGUGGGAACAUUGCAACAUGCACCAUUUUGCACCCCGCUUUUUUCACUUGGUAUUUAUCUUAAUGUCGUUCAAAAACCUUGUUUUUAAUGAUUGUAGAGUUUAAUGGUUAAUAAUUUUUAUAAUUUAUCUGACCAUUUCAUUGCUAUAAAACAUUUAGAUGGUUUCUGGUUUUUCACUAUUUAAAUAAUGCUGUGAUUAAUAUCCUUAUAAUUCUUUGAUUUUUGACUCUGAUCUCCCUUGCCCCCACCCUGCCCAGAUUCCUAGAAGUGGUAUUUUGGGGUCAAAGAGUUUGUUCAUUUUAAAGCUAGUAUAGUCUCUCUUCUCCUCUGCUUGAUCUGAUGCUUAGAUGUUCAGAGUUCCAGUACAGAACUUUCUUAGUUGUGUCCUACAGAUCCUGAACAAAUCAAUUUCUGGUAAGCUGUGUGUUCCCAAGAAUGUUUGAAUAAGACUGCUCUUUUUUUUUUUUUAAAUGCUAAAAUGUUGUCAUUACUGCAGGCCAUUUGUGACAUAUUUUUCCAAAAGCCAAUUUCCUUAUUUUAUUGAAAGAACCUGGUUGUGCUUGCAUGUUACCUUCCCAUCCCUGCUGCUAUGGCUUUCAAGUGCUUGGUGAUAUUUACAGAGUCUUGUACUUUGUGUCCACAAUGGUACUGAAUUUGCAUCUGCACAGUCAGCAGAGAUAAAAAGUGUUGAACUGACCUUGCCACAUACUUAGUGGAUUAGUUGUAAUUAAGUUUGUAGACUCAGAAAGUACAUUGGGCCAUUUGGAAUCAGUAAAAGAGCAAAGGCUGUACUUGAAAAAGAAACCAUGUAGACAACUAGAUUUUACAGAAGUUUGUUUGCCCCCGUGUUCUUCAAAUUGCGGGACUUAGUCAGAAGGUCUUAGCAGUUCAGUAGAGCACCCUGGCCAGGCUUUUUCAUUGUAGAAUGUGAUUGUCCUGGCUGACAAGGAUUUAAUGAUUUCUCCUCCCCUCGCCCACAGUGUUGCAGGUUGCCUAGUUGUCUUGAAGUACAGACCACCCAAAUUUGGUUUCAUUCUUAAUUUCUCCACUUUAGUUUGGGGUCUGUCAAUUCUGAGGUGAAACAUGCAUGAAAGAUUUUUCUAGGUGCCAUGCUCAGUACCACUUGGCUAUGCCAGAGAUUAUGGCCAGAUUGUGCAGAAGUAGGUUUCCUACCUUCCCUCUGACACCCCAAAUCCCCUUCUCCCCAGGUUGGUCCACAGAAUGAGGCAGAGGCUGCAGCCACUAUGAGAACAUGGUGAAGGUACUAUUCUUGGAGAUGGUGCCAUAUGCGUUUUUCCAUAUUGUUUCUUUUCAUAUCCAAACCUAACAUGAACUGAUGGUGACUCAAGUGGGUGUGGCCCUUGUCUCUUAGGCAGACUACAUGGCAAGUGCCUUAAAUCGGGGCAGGAGUCACUCCCAGAGCCUCUGAGGGGUGCAGGCUGCUGGCCCAAGAUUGCAGGGUUGUAAAUUAGGCUGCCUGUGGAGAACUGGUCUGGGGUGGAAGCUGUUCCAGCAAAGGGCAGUUUUAUCUGUAGCUCAGACAGCGUGGUGGGCAAGCCUACAUGUAUACCUGAAUUUCCCCCAGAAUUCAUUUCUUCAAUAUGAAGAAAUACCAAACUUUAUGUACAGAGAACUUUUUACAAAAGGCAAAAUGUUUUGUAGCUGUGUAAUCCACCCUAGUCUAACCCAUCUGGCUGAGUGACUAUGAAUAAGGGUCGUUUUGCUGAUGAAAAACCUCUGUCAUGAUAAGUUUGGACAUUGCAAUCAAAUUUUUGCAAUAUUUAGAGCUGCUGUAGCUGUUCUUUAACAACACAAAAUAGGAUGAAUCAGUAGUAUGUUAGCUGUCUUUCAGGUUGGUGGCAGUCAGUUAGAACAUGUAUAAUAUUCUCUACCUGGUCUGUAGCUGUAACUGUGAUGUACAGGCAAAGCAAAAAUUAAAAAAAAAAACUUAUGAAGACAAAUAAUGCAAUGAUAUUAGGAUAUACACUUUUGUAUUUUUAUUCUUAUAUAAGGUUAUUUGCUGGCUAUUGUUGGCCUCUAGUUCAGUCUGUGUUAUUUAAAAUCUAAUAUAUGAAUUAUUUGGAUUGAAUUCAUGUUCGGGGCCACGUUGUAUGUAUUGAUGUACAGCCUUGAAUGUGAAUAAUUAUUGUAAACUAUAUUUUACAACUUUUUUUUCUGGCUUUAUUAUAUAAAUUUUCUAUUUGGUCGAUGAUUUAAUCAUAUCAUAAUUUAAUGAAUCUGUUUAUUCUUUUUUUCAAAUAUUUGUGCUUUAGAUGUAGUUACCGGAUGAUGAAUUUUCCACGUAUGCUCGGUAGUCUUGUAAUAAAAAAGCAUGUAGAGUGUA